AUGUUUCCAUUACCCCCGCCUAAAGGUGCUCCGGCGCCGGAGACGCCCAAGAAAGAAGCAAUAAAAAGCUACAAACUUGACUUGUCGUCCUCCUCCGACGACAGAUCCAUAAUCCCAAAAUAUUUUGCUUUGCAAAACUAUAGUCCAAGACAUCCCCAGCCAAUAACUGCACCAUUUCUACAGAAUAUACAUGGAAAUGGAAAUAGAGACGAUCGGAACUUAUCAUUUCACCCUGUGAGCCUUCACGACAACGUCGUGGCUCUUCGCUGCUUAGGAAACACUGCCUUCUGCACCAUUAUAACCGCAGAUAACAAGGAAAAUUGUUUGAAUGCUUCUGAUUGGGAUCUUAUGAAAGAAAACCAAUUUGAAGUUUCAGAAAAUUAUAUAAUAUCAAGCAGAAGAAUAGACUCAUUUCAGUACAUGCUUGGAGAUGGAAGGAUUUAUGGGGAGAGAGUUUGGUCAAUGGCCAAAGGAUAUGCCAUUAACAAAACCGAAGAACCUGAACAAAUCAAAUUCACUUUCUCUUUUGAAGACAAAAGGAACAAGAAAUGGACCAGCAUAUUUGCUAAACAAUUUCAAGUCAUUAAGCGUUUUAAUGUUGAGUUUCCUUCGAUAAAAGACGGCGAAGUUGUUAUAGGAGAUCGUAUUGCUGGACCAUACACAUGGGGAGAAACUGAUCAUAACGAUAAAAUUUCGAUGUCUUGUAAUAGCACCAUCACCGUACCUCCCAUGUCCAAAGUGAAGGUCAAUGUCGUCGUCAAACGGGGGUUUUGCGAAGUCCCUUUUUCGUAUAUUCAAGCCGAAAUUAACCUAGAGGGACAACGCCAGCUAAAGCCAUACAUCGACGGAGUUUUCACCGGCUUUAAUUCGUACCAAUUUCAGAUAACGACUGAUAAGGAAGCACUGCCUGUCUGA